AUCGCCUACAUGCGGGGGGACCUCAACAAGGCGCACGACGACAGCUACACCCCCUGCGUGGCCAACGUCUACAACUUCCCCUCCGCCUUCCUCUUCUUCAUCGAGACCGAGGCCACCAUCGGCUACGGGUACCGCUACAUCACGGACAAGUGCCCCGAGGGCAUCAUCCUCUUCCUCUUCCAGUCCAUCCUGGGCUCCAUCGUGGACGCCUUCCUCAUCGGCUGCAUGUUCAUCAAGAUGUCCCAGCCCAAGAAGCGGGCCGAGACGCUGAUGUUCAGCGAGCACGCCGCCAUCUCCAUGCGGGACGGCAAGCUCACCCUCAUGUUCCGCGUGGGCAACCUCCGCAACAGCCACAUGGUCUCGGCGCAGAUCCGCUGCAAGCUGCUCAAAUCCCGCCAGACCCCAGAGGGUGAAUUCCUGCCUCUUGACCAGCUGGAGCUGGACGUGGGCUUCAGCACGGGGGCCGACCAGCUCUUCCUGGUGUCCCCGCUCACCAUCUGCCACGUCAUCGACGCCAAGAGCCCCUUCUACGACCUGUCCCAGCGCAGCAUGCAGACGGAGCAGUUCGAGAUCGUCGUCAUCCUGGAGGGCAUCGUGGAGACCACGG